CUGGCCCUUUAAGUCCGGGCCACGCCCUCUUUUCCGCGCAUGCGCAGCGCGCAAGCCACGCCCCCGGCGCCCCCCCCGCGCAUGCGCGUUCCGCUGGAAGAGGCCCCGCCCCCUCCUCUCCCCUCACGCUCCGCGCGCGCGCCGGGAGGCGGGAAAAGAACCCGGAACUCGGGGGGGAAAAAAACCCCCCGGAACCUUCCAGAACCUUCCCGGGAGCUUCCAGAACCUUCUCGGGAGCCUCCGGGAGCCGCUCGGGGCCCGCGGGAGCCGCCGGGAGCCGCCGCCAUGUCGGACUCGGGGCAAAGCCCCGCCCCCGGCGCGCGCAGGCGCUGCUGGAACCGCGAGAAGGAACCGGAAGGAGGCGGAGAGAGGAGGGAGGUGGGGGAGGAGCCAGCGGGGACCCUGCAGAAGACCCCGAUCAUCCUGGCCAAGCCGCCGGCCGAGAGGCAGCCGCCCCCAACAGCGCCGAAGGCGGGGCCGGCGCAAGCCCCGCCCCCUCCCGCCCCGGCCCCGCCCAUCGUGCUGAUGAAGGCGCGGGGGGAGGAGCCUCGCGGAGGGGGCGGGGCCUCGGGGAGCUCGGGGGAGGGGCCAGCGCAGGCCCCGCCCAUGGAGAGGGAGGGGCCACGCCCCACCCAGCCCGUCUAUCAACUGCACAGCCGGGGGCUGGCCCCGCCCGCUGCGCUCGACCCCGCCCAGGCCCAGGCGCGUCUGGCGGCGCCGGAGAAGAUGAAAACCAGUAUCAAACUGGUGGACGAGCAGAUGAACUGGUGUGACAGCGCCCUGGAGUUCCUGCUGGAGCAGACGGACGUGCUGGUGGUGGGGGCGCUGGGGCUGCAGGGCACCGGGAAAUCCACGGUGCUGUCGCUGCUGGCCGGGAACCAGCCCGAGGAGGAUCCCCGCUCCUUCGUGUUCCGGCCGCAGCCGCCGGAGCUGCGGGAAAGGGGCGGGGCCCAGACCGGCGGCAUCGACCUCUUCGUCACCCAGGAGCGCGUGCUCUUCCUGGACACACAGCCCAUCCUAAGCCCCGCCCACCUGGAUCACCUGAUCAACAACGACCGGAAGCUUCCGCCGGAGUUCGCGCUGCCCCACGCCUACGUGGAGACGCAGUCCUUGCAGAUCGCGGCGUUCCUGUUCACCGUGUGUCACGUGGUGCUGCUGGUCCAGGAUUGGUUCACGGACCUGGGGCUCUACAGGUUCCUGCAGACGGCCGAGAUGGUGAAGCCGCCGACGCCGUCCCCGAGCCACGACUGCAGCGGGGGAGGGGCCGAGGAGCCCUCGGAGUAUUACCCACACCUGGUUUUCGUCCAGACCCGCGCCCCCCCCGAGUGUUUCUCCCCCCGGCGCCUGGGGCAGAUGCAGCGGGUGCUGGGGCAGCUGAUGGCGCAUUCCCGACUCAAGUACCGGGGCUCUCUGUCCAUGCGGGAGCUGCUCCCCGCUCCCCCCUCGCUGCCCCCCAGCCCCCCCGAGCCCGAGGUCAACCUGUUCCUGCUGCCCCCCCUGGAGGAGGAGCCCGAGGACGCCCUGCCCCGGGCAGGUGGGGGAGGGGCGCUGUUCCCAGCCCUGCCCCCAUUCCGGGGCCGGGGGGGCUGGGGGGGGCUCCUGGCCCGGCUGCGGGGGAGGGUCCUGGCGGCCGCCCGCUCCCAGUUAUCCCACAGCCUGCUGACCGAGCGCAACUGGUUCCACUACGCUGCCCGGAUUUGGGACGGGGUGAAGAAAUCCUCAGCCUUGGCCGAGUACGGCCGCUUACUGGGCUGAACUGGGAGCACUGGGAGCGCUUCGCUGGACCAAUAAAUGCCUUUGGAAACCCCUCAAACCCGCUCGUUUUGGUCUUAAUUAAUUACAAGGCUUAAUUAACCACCCCUCGAAGCAUAAUUAGGUUUAAUUAUC